AUCUUCACCGCACGCGACACCUCCGCCACCUCCGCAUUUCAUCAUGGCGGGCAUGGGACCUCCCAACAGUGCGCCUCUCCCCUCCUCUUUUGACGAAAAUGCCGACUUCUACAAUGAAAACACCAUCGACAAGAUAUGGCGUCGGUUCCGCGAAGAACCCCUCAUUCCAUUCGGCUGCGGUCUGACUGCCUGGGCCAUUGUUGGCGCAAGCCGGAGCAUGCGCAAAGGCGACCACAAAAUGACCAACCUAUACUUCCGCCGCCGACUCUACGCGCAAUCAUUCACAAUCGCCGUACUCGUCAUAGGAAACCUGUACUGGCAAAAGGACCGCGUCAAGCGCAAGGAUUACGAGAGGAUGAAGGCGGAGACGGAACGCAAGGAAAAGAGAGACAGGUGGUUGAGGGAGUUGGAGAUGAGAGACGAGGAGGACAAGGCGUGGAAAGAGAGGUUGGCGAAGAAGACCAGGGGUGCGGCAGAUGAAGCAAAGGGGGUUACGGACAUGGUGGCAGAGAAGACGAAGGAGUUGAAGGACCAGACGUUAGGGAAAUGAGUAACGAAUGAUUCCAGGGAGAGAAAACAGAUCAGGAAGAGAGGAAUGUACAACACGAUAGGCGCUUUUAUGCGCCAGAGGAUGUUAGAUGUCUCCAUGUUGACCCCAUUCUUUGUAUAUCUUGGAAAGCGUUGUACGAUUAGGCAUUAAGAAGCAGGAGAAAGGUAGGCGAACGACUCGAUUUGUAUCAAGGUACUGUUCGC